AUGGCCUCCGCUCUCUUCUUCCUCGACCUGAAGGGCAAGACCCUCUUGGCCCGGAACUAUCGAGGGGACAUUCCCAUGUCAGCAGUUGAGAAGUUCCCAAUACUAUUGAGCGAAGCAGAAGAAGAAAGCUCCGCCGUCCCACCAUGUUUCUCUGACGAGGGGAUCAAUUACCUCUACAUCAGACAUAACAACCUUUAUCUCCUCACAUUAACGAAGCGCAACACAAAUGCCGCUGAAAUCCUCCUCUUCCUCCACAAGAUCGUCGAAGUCUUUACCGAGUAUUUCAAAGAACUCGAAGAAGAAUCGAUACGCGACAACUUCGUCGUCAUUUACGAACUCCUGGAUGAGAUGAUGGACUUUGGGUACCCCCAAACGACAGAAUCAAAGAUUCUACAAGAAUACAUCACCCAAGAAUCACACAAGCUGGAAAUCCAAGCACGGCCUCCUAUAGCAGUGACGAAUGCCGUGUCAUGGCGGUCAGAAGGUAUUAGAUACCGAAAGAACGAAGUCUUCCUCGAUGUUGUGGAAUCACUCAACCUCCUCGUCUCAUCCACCGGCAAUGUUCUGCGCUCUGAAAUUCUAGGCGCCGUAAAAAUGAAGUGUUACUUAUCAGGAAUGCCCGAAUUACGUCUGGGUCUGAAUGACAAAGUUAUGUUUGAGACGACAGGUCGGGCAACAAGAGGGAAGGCUAUUGAAAUGGAAGAUGUGAAAUUCCACCAAUGUGUGCGUCUCUCACGAUUCGAGAACGACCGUACCAUCUCUUUCAUCCCUCCAGAUGGAGAAUUCGAACUGAUGUCGUAUCGCCUAAAUACCCAAGUCAAGCCUUUGAUCUGGGUAGAAUGUAUCGUAGAAUCGCAUUCAGGCAGCAGAAUCGAAUACCUGCUUAAAACGAAAUCGCAAUUCAAGCGACGGAGCACGGCCAACAAUGUCGAGAUUACGGUUCCGGUACCUGAAGAUGCGGAUUCUCCACGAUUCAGGACGAAUAUUGGGAGUGUACAUUAUGCGCCCGAGAAGAGCGCGAUUGUGUGGAAGAUUAAGCAGUUUGGUGGGAACAAGGAGUUCUUGAUGAGAGCUGAGCUGGGACUGCCCAGUGUAAAGGGUGAUGAUGAACACGGUGGUGGGAUGACUGGUGGGUUUGGAGGUAGUAUGGGUGGUGUUGGUGGAAAGGGCGCGAAGAGACCAAUUAGUGUGAAGUUUGAGAUUCCUUACUUCACUACGAGUGGGAUCCAAGUACGGUACUUGAAGAUUAUCGAGCCUAAGCUCCAAUAUCCCUCUCUCCCCUGGGUCCGCUACAUCACACAAUCCGGCGACAUCGCAGUCCGAUUACCAGACGUCAGCUGA